GUGGAGGAGGUUGAUUAAAUAUCUUUUGUUGAGAACUAAUACAAUUAAACUUGAUAUUCAUUUUCAAGUACUCUCUCCUCUUCUCCCAUGGGGAAAACUCUGUUUAUUUCUUUCGCCUCACUAAUGGUAAGCCUGUGGCAACUCAUUAGAGUUGCCACAGGCAUAAACUUUUCGGAUGAAGCUUGUUCUGUGUCCGUUGCUAAUUACACCAUAAAUAGCGUAUAUCAGAAAAACCUCAAUCUCCUUUUCUCCGACCUCUCCUCCAAAACCUCAACUCAAAAGUUCUAUAAUUCCACUAUUGGAGAUGACCCUGACAAAGUGUAUGGCCUCUAUCAAUGCCGAGAAGACGUAAGCCUGGAGAUAUGCAGGCAGUGUAUUAAGGAAGCUACACAAAAGAUUGUACAAGUUUGCCCCUUAAAGAAAGAAGCGAUUGUAUGGUAUCUUGAAUGUAUGUUAAGAUAUUCCAAAUCUUCCAUUUUCUCCUUACUCGAUAUGUCUGUACAUGACUAUAAACAUAGUUCCAUCGGUGUUUCAAAUUAUAGCCAGUUUUCUCCAGUAUUGGCAAGUGAAAUGGACAAGGUUAUUGAUCAAGCUGCCCUAUCUACAUCUUCGGGACAUUUUGCUACGAGGCGUGCGCGAUGGUCGUCGUACGAAACUGUGUAUUGCUUGGCUCAGUGCACCCCUGAUUUAAGUGGGCGUGACUGCAAUAAUUGUCUUCAUAUAGCGUUGAGGAUCAUGUUUAUUGCUAACUUCAACAAUAGUGUAGCAAUUGGAAUCUUCUUUCCAAGUUGUCAAUUGAGAUAUGGUCGAGUACAAUUCUACGACGAUUUAGUCCCUAAACCACCAGCUCCUACCUCAUCAAGCUCCCCGAUUACUAUGACUAAUCCAGGAAAGAGUAAGGCGGAUCGAUCUCAUAUACUGAAUAUUUCCCUUGGUGUUCUAGUCGCAAUCCUGAUUGUUCUAGUUGCUCUUCUCAUCUACUUUCUAUGUACAAAGAGAAGGAUAACAAACGACUCUAGGCGGGAAAAUCAUAUUACGAAUUUUAAAAAUGUUGGAGAAAGUUUCAUGUCCGUCGAGUCUCUCCGUAUUGAUGUUGCAAUACUUGAGAUAGCAACAAACAACUUUUCUGAAGAUAACAAAUUAGGCCAGGGAGCAUUUGGUGGUGUUUACAAGGGAACUCUACCAAACGGAGUAGAGAUAGCAGUGAAGAGGCUAUCCAAAGACUCAACUCAAGGUGCAGAGCAAUUUCAGAAUGAGGUUAUGUUUGUUGCCAAGCUACAGCACCGGAAUCUUGUUCGGUUGCUGGGAUAUUGCCAAACACCAGAUGAGAUGUUGCUUGGAUAUGAAUAUAUUCCAAACAAGAGCCUUGACUUGAUUUUAUUUGAUCCUGAAACACGAGGAUUGUUGGACUGGUCUAUACGGUACAAAAUCAUACAUGGGAUUGCUCGAGGAUUACAGUAUCUCCAUGAAGAUUCUCGACUUAAAAUCGUUCAUCGUGAUCUGAAAGCCAGUAAUAUAUUGUUAGAGGCUGACAUGAACCCAAAAAUCUCAGAUUUUGGUCUAGCAAGAAAGUUUUCGGUGAAUCAAAAGCAAGAUCAGACAAGCAGACUAGCGGGAACUUUAGGUUACAUGGCUCCAGAAUACAUAGAAUAUGGUGAAAUCUCCACGAAAUCAGAUGUAUACAGUUUCGGCGUAUUGGUACUAGAGAUCAUAAGUGGCAAGAAGAUCAGUGAUCGCCAAUCAGAGUUAGCUGAAAAUCUUCUUACUCUAGCAUGGAUGCAUUGGAGCGAGGGCUUGCCAUUGGAAUUGGUAGACACCUCGCUAGGGGGAGAUUCAUAUUCAAGCAACGAAAUCAUCCGAUGCUUGCACCUUGCCUUGUUAUGUGUACAAGGAGAUGUAGAGGAUAGACCUUCAAUGUUAUCUAUUGUCUUUUAUCUUAACUGCAGCUCUUAUCUUCCAACACCGCAACAACCUGCGUUCUUGAUCAGUAGACGAAAGGGGUUGUCCGGGUUAGGAUCAACCAACGACUUUACUGACAAAUCUACUAAAUCUGGAUCAAGCUCCGGAACAAGUGGGCAACAUUCUGUUAAAUCCACUAGCAGAUCCAACAAUUCAUUUUCUGGGAUUGAAUCUACAAUGUAUUGAUCAUGUUGGGACGAAAGAUCGAGGUACAUGAGAUGAACUGAAUUAAGUUUAUGUUGAAAUUAUAAUAGAGAUGAACUGAAUUGAGUUUAUGUUGAAAGAAUGUAUCAAAAUUUUAUACUAUUAUUUCAUUCAAUCCAAUUAAUUAAGGUAGAUUAAAAAAUCUUUUAUAGGCUCAUUUAAACAUACUAACAGUGCUAUAAUGUGGAAUAACCCACCAACUAAUUACUACUC